ACACCCACAGGGGGGCUCUGGGUAGCGGCCGCCGGCCUCUUUCCACCCGCUUCCGGGAGUCGCGGCGUCUUGCGGGUGCAGAAGAGCCAUGAACCUGGGAGAUGGAUUAAAGCUUGAAACUGAAAUAUUGGAUGGAAAACCUAGGCUAAUUUUGGCUUCAUAUGUGGGUAAAUCAAAAUCCGCAGUGAAGGUAAGUCUGGUGUGUCUAAAUAUCUGUGGUCAAUGUUGAUUAAGAAAGAAUGAAGUUCCACUGUCAAAACUCCUGGUAGCUGACAAAGUAGGUAGGAUUAAGAUGACUUGAAAUCCUCUAUCUCUGGAAAAUACACUUCAUGGAGUAUGACUAAAAUUUUAGACAAAUUGUCAGAAGAGAGAUUGAAAAAAAGACAGUAGUAUAGUGAAUUUUAUUGGAUAAUGUUUCGAUGAUUAAGUGAUUAAUUGGAAGCCACAUAGUCUGAAAGUUGAGUACUAAAGCCAGAUUUUCUUGAAUCUUAUUCCAGUAUUUUAACCACAAGGUCAUUCUUACUUUCUGAAAUACAGGUUGGACCUCUCAAAACCAGGACUCCCUCAUCAGGCAACAUCCAUGAUACAGGACAACCACAGGUGUUCCUAGACUGGGGAGUCCUGGCUGGGAGUCCUAUUGCCAAGAAGGCUGGUGGCUUGGAUCCUGGCAUAUCUAGGGCUGGGACCAGUUCCGGAGUACCAGUAGCUCAGCAGGGGCCACGGCAGCCCCAGUACUAGGGCCGGGAACGCGGCAGUGGGAGGGUAGGUGGUCAGGGGAGCUGGUAGCAGGAUACCUUCUCUGGUCUGGUAAAUUCCCUCAUUUGGGACAGUCAGGUCCAGAAGCUGAAGGGCAAAUGAGAGAUUUGUAUAGUCAAAACUUACUUUGUUCUGUACUACAAACUGAUGUGUGAGUGAGGCCAAGAGAGAAGAAAUAUGCCUGGUGCCAGCCACACUUUAGAAAAUUAAUUUUUUAGCCAUGUUUAAUUUGAAGAAAACAAUAUGACUUUCAGGAAGAGAUGAUAAAGAGUUGUGAGUGAGUGACAAGUGAAUUGAGUCAUUAUCACACAGAAUGUUUAAGGAUCAGGGAAGCAGAUGAGACCACCCAAGAACAUACAUUUGAGGUAGCAUGAGAAAGGGAGAGAGAACCGAGGAGGAUCUUUGGAGAACUCCUGUAAAGAGAUAGAGAAGAGAAUUAAAGGAACUCCUAUACAGUUAAUACGUUUCAGCAACCUUUGUAAUGAAAUAGCUACCUUGCCUUUUGUCAUUCUGAUACCUUACUUAGGAACACAUUGUACCUUCAGAUGUUUGCAUACAACUCCUGUUCAUAUCUAUAAAAGUUGCUCAUGAGUCUUCUGUGGGAUUAAUUUACCACUUACUGUGAACCAUAAUAGCUCAGCCUGAGAUGACAAAAUCUGAUUUUUAUGGAUUCUAGGUUGCUUUGGAGAUAGGAUAAGUUGGAGAAGGUGAGAGGAAAUAUUUUUUUCUAUGUACAUGACUUCUUACAAUUACAAGUGUUAGAUAAUUCUGUGGUUUUCCUUCAGUUUGCAGAAGUUAGUAGUUUAUCUCAGAUGGGUAAUAAAGCUAAAAUCCUCAAAUAUCCAUUGAGAACAAAACAGUCUGGACAUAUUCUGCAAUCAACACAAAGUUCCUGUGUCAAGCGUGAACAUAUUUUAUCAAAACCCAGAAGUGAAUCGAGGUGGUCAGCAAUUAAAGAUGAAAAAAACUGUAUGAUUUUGUCAUCUAAAGAUUCAUCAAAGGAAUCCUUAAAUAAAAACCAUGCUUUUAUUAUCCAAAAAGAUAACACAACUGGAAAGCCUGAUUUACAGGUUAUCCAAAAAGACAAUACUGCAGAAAAACCUAGUUUACAGAACCCUAAUAAAAUUGCUGUUAAGAAGCCAAAAGAGAAGUCUUCCUUAGCUGAAGAUCUAAGGAACAGUUUGGUGUGUUUAACACAAGAGCAACUUGAACAGAUUCUGAUGACUGUAAAACAAGGAACCAAAAUUGAGUGCCAGGCCCAGGAGGAAAAGCAAGAAGAAACAAGCCAAAACAAAAACAAUUUGUAUAGCACUGCUGCCAAGCAGGCAGCACAAGAAGAGAACAUUAUGGGAUUACUUCAAAAAGCUGGUGAAGUUUCAUCUGUCCCAAAUGAAAAUAAUUAUGCCUCAAGCAGAAAACAAGAAGCGUCUGAGCAGACUGAACAGAAAGUUAUUAAGAAUUCAUGGAAAUCAGCUGACAUGUUCAGUACCUUAGGUGAAAGAGAAAGGGAUAAAAUUUUAUUAGAAGCAAGGAAGCUCCAGUGGAAGAAGGAACUAGACGAACAGAUAGCUUUAAAGAAGAAACUAAAAGAAACUUUGGAGCAACAGACAAAAUACUACCAUUGGGCAAAAACGGAUGGUGAUAAAAUCCAUUUGGAAAAACUGCACACCGUUAAUCAAGCUAAAAUGACAUAUCCAGCUGAUUUGAGUGUUGCUACUGAGGAAAACCACAUUUUUAGAACCACAUUGGUCACGGAGGCUAGUGAAGUAGUACCCAAUAUAUCAAGUGGUCCAACUGUACAGUCCUCUAGUUUUAGUUCUCCUGACUUGCCAGCUGCCAUUCAUACAGCAUUUGUGUUAGGGGAAGCUACUCCAGUGGAAGACCCCUUUGGUACCAUGAAGUGUGAACAACAGAAGAAGUGGCUUCGAGAUCUGGACAAACAAAAGGAAGAGGCUAAACUACAAAAAAUAGCGGAAAAACAUAGUUUAUUAAAGGCUGAGGAGCAUGAGAGAUGGGCAGUGCAUUUUGAUUCUUUAAAGAACCAUCCUUGUGCUACUCCACAACAUCCCAUCAUAAAUGGAACUUACACCAAGGAGCCUGAAAUUCUUUGCCUGUGCCCUGAAUCUCAGGCCCUGACUUCUUUUAUUCAUCCUUUUACAUCUGCAUCUUUAGGCCACCUAAUACAUUCAAAGGUGGAGAAUGUAGAAAAAACUGUUGAGAACACUACUUUAGAACAAAGUCAAAAAGCCAGUUUUCUCCGGUCAAUGACCGCUCUUUUGGAUCCUGCACAAAUUGAAGAAAGAGACAGGAGGCGGCAGAAACAGUUAGAACAUCAGAAAGCUAUAAUGGCUCAAGUAGAGGAAAAGCGAAGGAAGAAGCAGCUGGAAGAACAGCAAAGAAAAUGGGAAGAACAAGAAGAAGAACACCGCUUAACACGGGAACGAGAAGUAAUGCAAAAACAGUUUGAAGAGGAUAUGCUCAAACAAAAACAAAAGGAAGAAAUCAUGACUCUUAAAACAAAUGAGCUCUAUCAGACAAUGCAGAGAGCACAAGAACAGGCACAGAGAUUAAAACAGGAACAACGCAUUCGAGAAUUGGCUCAAAAAGGACAUGACAUUUCAAAACUGCAAAAAAAUCUUGGUAGCUCUGGUGGUGAUAAAAUAUAUGUGUGUCAUAAUACUGGCCUUUCAAAUGUAAAUAAUGAACAUUGUUCUGUUGAAGUGAACGGUAAAGUGCAUCAAGAUGUAAAAACAGUAACCUCUCCUCGGAAAGAUACUGCUGUGCAAACAGAUGACUUUGACACCAGAGCACUUAUCAGCACUGAAACAUGUAUUGAGUCAGUUGAAAAGAGAAGAACUUUGGACAGUACAUCUCCAGAAAUUUCCAUAGAAUAUAAAGAGAAAUGUAACACCAAAAAAUGUAAGAAAGAAAUGCAGUAUCCAGAUAAAAAGAAAAUUUCAGAAAAAGAAAAUGCUGACAGUUACACUGAUUUAUAUGACCAAUUUGCAAGAAAAGAGAAACAAACAAAAACUAUGGAAAAAUAUGGAAAGAGACCUGACUGGAACAUAAACAAACCUGGGAAAAGGUAUAUUCCAGCAUCAGAAAGAUACCCUAGACAACUACAAAAGCAAAGGGAGGAAAAGAAAGUAAGACGACAGAUAGAGCUGCUUCAAUUGGUAGAAAGAAAUACUCCAGGCAAACUCUGCCAAAAGAAAGAAGUCUCUCCAGAAAGGUCUCCUUCACCUCACCAGGAAACUAAUACAAAAAGUAAGGGACAUGCAGUCACAAAGGAAGAACAAUAUCAGAGGAGUCAUUUGAAUGAAGAAAGAUCUAAAUCACCACCUGUUCCAGCAGUUAAAAACAGACUACAUGAAGUACAACAAAGACAGAUAAAUGCUUCUAAUUUCACAAUUCCAAAUGGCAGUAGUGGAAGAGAGAAAAAUAACACAGACAUGCAACAGAAGAAAUCCUCUUCUCCCAUUAUUGAACCUGAAAGACCAUCCUCUUCUCAUUUUAUUCCCUAUGUGCGAACAAAUGAAAUUUAUUACCUCGAUCCACAUGCACCAAUGACUAGACCUUCAACACAUGAUCCACAAUAUCGACAGUUUAAUGAUUCUUACCAUACACCAAGACAGAUUUUUAGCUCUGAUCAUGUGAGAGAUCCACUUCUUAAUCCUAAUCUGGUAAAAAACAGAGACCGACAGCAGGCAAUCCUCAAAGGACUAUCAGAAUUACGCCAGGGUCUCCUCCAAAAGCAGAAGGAGUUGGAGACGGGUCUAAUUCCCAUCAUUAAUCAAGAAAACUUUAUUUCACCAUUUUAAAAAAGGUACACAAGCAUACCAAAAAAGCUGUAAAAUGUCAUGCAUGGCACUUUAUAUUUGCUACUGUAAUUUACUAACUGCAUGUAAAUCUUUUUUAGUGGAGGUCUAAUCUCCAUUUAAUGUUGCCUCCUCCCCAACUUGCUUUUAAAAUGCUUGAAUAUAAUAUAUAAUGCAUUUGCUGUUUAGAAUUGUCUUCUACAGUGAAGAUUUAAGAUUGUGGUA